AUGCCAAGCCUCAAUGCCUUGAUGAGAUCAUAUGGGCCUAUGGAAGCACAAAAGUCAGCGCGUGAGUCAGGACGUAAAGCAGCACCAAAGAAGAGGGCUGCAUCACAGCCCACAGAAUCGAGCGCACCCAAGGUGAAAGCUCCCAAGUUGGCUGCGCCUGUGGCAAAGGCCUCUGUGGACACAACGCCAGCUGUCACAAAGGUGGACAUUGGAGUUGUUGCUGCCAAGAGGAAGAGCAAACCAGGCAAAGCCAACAAAUCAGCUGACAAAGGUGGAUUGAAUUGUGAUGAGAUUGAUGACGGCAAUGACAAGGCAGAGCGCGAUCCAUCAAGCUUGUGUGAACAGGAUGAGAUGGUGCUUGAGGCCUACAGAGCCAGAUUGGCAGAGUUCAAGGUCAUUCAUCCUCCUUUGGCUGAUGCAGCUUACAAGUCCUAUCUUUCAGAAGUUUCUACCAAGGUGACCCUUCUCAUCAAUGAUGUGAAGACCAAGCGACGAUCAGCAAUGAGAAGGGCUCUGAAACAACAGGAUCCCCUAUACCUUGCCCUGGCAGACGUGAACGAUUCAGCAUUGCGCUUGCAGAAUAUGCUGAAGUGUUUGGCCGGGACAACCAGUAUUGACCCUUCGACCAAUUUGCUUGAGCUCAUGGACGACUUGAAAGUGAAGGAGGCGUACAGCUUCAAUGGUGCUACUUUGAGAAGGGCACUGAAGUCUUUGGUAAAUGAGAACUUUAGCCAAUGCAAGUGGGAUGAGCUGACGACGAAAACAAAGGCUAUCAUAGACAAGCGCUUCAUUGUGGACACAGACAAGGUGACCGCCAAUGACUUCUUUGGAAUGACAUGCUGUCAGAUCCUGCAAAAGCUUUUGAGGACAGCGACGCAGAAGUUCAAGCCCAAGGACAGCUCAUAG